ACCAAUGUUCAGCCUACAAACUUGGUCUUCAAGAAUUGCAGUAUGAAGAUUGCUUUGUUUUUCUGUGUAGUCGCUGUAGUAGCUGCAAGCUCGUGCUUUGCUACCGCAUUACCACCUUGUGUAAGCUACUGCGUUCAGAAAUGUCAGGGCCCUGAUUUGUCUUGUUUAAAGACAGAAUUGUCCAAUAAUGUUCAAGGAACUGUGAAAACUCUUGUUGCCCUCCUCUGUGCAUUUGACAGAUACGUGGUUACGAAAGACGUAGGACCACUGACCAACGCCAUACAGAAUCUUGCAAGUCUACCUAGCUGCGCGACUGCAAACAUCCAGCCAAAUAUAAUAUAUAAUGGAGGACUUCAAAGCCUAUUACAGACAACAUUUGGAUAUGUGACUGUUCUCAGUGGUUAUACAAAUGUAGAAUGUCCAUGUGGAUCAUUGUUCGAUCUUCUUGGAAGAACAUCUUCUUUACUGAGUGCUGCUCCCGUACCUGGUGGAAUUAAAAAUGUUCUUACAACAGUGACAACUGCAAGCUCCGGUCUUCUGGAUGGGCUGUUAGAAACCGUGAAAAGGCUUCUUCAGGCAUUAGGGGGGAAUAGUUUAGGAUUGCCUGGGACUUUGUUAGGGCCAAAUGGACUAACAUCAACCGUAACUGGUUUUGUACCAAAUCUCCUAGUGCCAAUAAUAGGAGGUCAAAACGGAGGAUCUAGUUCUGGUGCAGGAAUUUUAAAUGGAGUUACAUCAACUAUAAAUAAUUUAGUACCAAAUAUUCUAGCACCACUCACAGGUCAAAACGGGGGAUCUAGUUCUGCUACAGGAAUUUUAAAUGGAGUUACAUCAACUAUAAAUAAUUUAGUACCAAAUAUUCUAGCACCACUCACAGGUCAAAACGGGGGAUCUAGUUCUGCUACAGGAAUUUUAAAUGGAGUUACAUCAACUAUAAAUAAUUUAGUACCAAAUAUUCUAGCACCACUCACAGGUCAAAACGGGGGAUCUGGUCUUCUUACAGGAAUUUUAAAUGGAGUUACAUCAACUGUAAGUAAUUUAGGACCAAAUAUUCUAGCACCACUCACAGGUCAAAACGGGGGAUCUAGUCCUAUUGGAGGAAUUGUAAAUGGAUUAACAUCAACCAUAAAUAAUUUAGCACCAAUCACAGGUCAAAACGGGGGAUCUAGUCCUAUUGGAGGAAUUGUAAAUGGAUUAACAUCAACCAUAAAUAAUUUAGCACCAAUCACAGGUCAAAACUGGGGAUCUGGUGCCAGUACAGGACUUUCAAAUGUACCAAAUCUUGGGUUGCCACUGUUAGGAAGUCAGGGGGGUUAUAAUGAUGGAUCUAGCAAUAUUCAAACAGGAACAACAGGCCUCACCUAUGGUAAUUUGCAACAAAAUUCAGGUAGUGCUUUGGGAGCAUCUGUUGACAUUGGUUUUGGAGGGCCAGCAGCAGGGUAUAAUGGAGCUAGCCUUGGUGCAAAUGGAGGAUUUAUGAUUAAUUUUCCGCAAAGUGGCAACAGCUUGAACCCAACUUCAUUUCAAUCUACAAUGACUGGCAAAUAAAAGAGGCUCUAUGAAAUGCAUUUGCCAUUGAGAAGAUUGAGAGAAAAAUGUCUCAAAAAUGAUCUCUGCUUAGUUUUAGUUUAUGAUUUUGAAAGCUUAUGAUCACAAAUUUAAUAAAUCAAAUCGAUACCAACGCA